GGUGUUCAGUGUUGCAUGCGAGGGAUUUGCAUCGAAUAUCACGCAGAACUCCUGCUCUGUUUGAACUGUGUUUUGGAUUCAUUACUGACUUCAGAAGAUGAGGAAUUGCCACUUGAAGUCGAAGAACCACCGACUGCAACCGAAGAGCCUUUUGCUGCAGAAGAAGAAAACCAAGCAGACGAUGUAAGACCCAAAGCAAAGUUCGCGCCAAACAUCACGGUUCCCAAGCCCUCGGAUGGAGACAAAGUGGACUUUGACGACAUCCACAGGAAGCGGCAGGACAAGGAUCUGGGGGAGCUUCAGUCCCUGAUCGACGCUCACUUCAUCCAGAGGAAGAAAGAGGAGGAGGAGCUGGUGUCUCUGGUCCAGAGAAUAGAGAACCGGCGUACUGAGCGGGCGGAGCAGCAGAGGAUUCGCGCGGAUCAGGAGAAGGAGCGGCAGAUCCGCCUGGCUGAUGAGAAGGAGAAGAGGGAGCAGGGGGACGUCCGCAAGAAACAAGACGACGACCUGAAGAAGAAGAAAGUUCUGACCAACAUGAGCGUGCAGUACGGCGGGCUGGACAGUAAGAAGGGAGCGAAGAAGCAGACGGGGAGAGAGAAGAAGAGGAAGAUCCUGGCUGACCGCAGGAAGCCUCUGGUCAUGGAAAACCUCAACGAGGAUAAAGUCAAGGAAAAAGCCAGCGAGCUGUGGAAGUGGCUGAAGGGGCUGGAGGCCGAGAAGUUUGAUCUGUGUGAGGUGCUGAAGAAACAGAAAUAUGACAUCAAUCAGCUCCUGGCUCGUGUUCAUGACAACCAGAGCGCCAAAGGCAGGGGCAAGGCCAAGGGCCGGCUGAGGUAGACCUGACCCCUAGAGCCGGAGAAGCCGACCGGGGCCCGGCCGACGACGGCGACAGUAAACCACCACGGGGUUACACUUGUAUUGUUGGUAUCACUUCAUGUAGACUAGCCCAAAACCAGCCUCCGAGCAAAUUAAAAUCUACUCGGCCACAAAACACAAUAAAUAUGAAUUAGAGUUU